AAAUAAUUAGGGCAGAGUAAAGCGAUGUAUAUUUUGGUUGGUGAGAAUUAUAAAAAGGACGGUAGAUGUUUUGUGUUUUGAAUGUAUCGAAGGACGGCAGCAGAUGUUAAAAACAUCAAAUUUCUGCUCUAUAAAUAGUGAAUGAAUUGCACCAAGCGACAGUCCAAAAACUAGGCGACGCACAGUCGCCCAAUUUCCGCUCUAAUGGACGUUGUUCGCUUUAGCCAUACACAGUCGCCCAAUUUCCACCUGCUGCUGCUCCCGCCGGCCACCGCCAUUACUUCCAACUACACUGUCAAAUCCGCAGAUGCAAGGAGAACAACUCUCCGAGCCUCUAUUUGCUCUGCCCUCUCCAGGGCGGCGGCCACGGAGGUCUUGUCCGCUGCAUCCACAUCCACGGAGAAGCAGUUAAGGCCUGCACCGCUUGCUGAAUUGCUAUUAGUUUCUCCAAGCUCGUUGACUUCUGCGCCGGGAUGCGUUAUACCGAAUCUCUCUUCUCCCGACGGGAAUGCCUCUCAUUGCUACAGUGGUAUCGAGUAUUUGACUGGGAUUUUGUCUUCUAAGGUUUACGAUGUAGCGGUUGAGUCGCCGUUGCAGCUAGCCUCGAAGCUCUCGCAGAGGUUGGGGAACAACAUCUGGCUCAAGAGGGAGGAUCUUCAACCUGUCUUCUCAUUCAAACUUCGAGGAGCUUAUAAUAUGAUGGCCAGGCUCCCGAAGGAGUUACUAGACCGUGGAGUUAUCUGUUCAUCUGCUGGUAAUCACGCUCAAGGAGUUGCAUUAUCUGCCCAUAAACUUGGCUGCGACGCUGUAAUUGUGAUGCCUGUUACUACACCAGAGAUCAAGUGGAGAUCGGUGGAGAGAUUAGGGGCCACUGUUGUUCUUGAAGGGGACUCAUACGAUGAAGCACAAGCACAUGCAAAAUGGUUGGCCGAACAGAAAGGACUCACAUUUGUCCCCCCUUUUGAUCACCCUGAUAUAAUCAUGGGGCAGGGUACAGUUGGAAAGGAAAUCAUGAGUCAAGCUAAAUGUCCAAUAGAUGCCAUAUUUGUGCCAGUUGGUGGGGGUGGGCUUAUUGCAGGCAUUGCUGCGUAUGUGAAAAUGGUGAAUCCAGAUGUGAAGAUAAUUGGAGUUGAACCAUAUGAUGCAAAUGCUUUGGCUUUAUCUAUACAUCACGGUCAAAGAAUAAUGUUGGAUCAAGUAGGAGGUUUUGCAGAUGGUGUGGCAGUUAAAGUUGUAGGCGAAGAGAACUUCCGUAUCUGCCGAGAAUUAAUAGAUGGCGUGGUUUUUGUUAGCCGUGAUGCUAUUUGUGCCUCAAUAAAGGACAUGUUUGAGGAGAAAAGGAGCAUUUUAGAGCCAGCUGGUGCACUUGCUCUUGCAGGAGCUGAAGCUUACUGCAAAUAUUACAACCACAAGGAUCAUAAUAUAGUUGUUAUAACUAGUGGGGCCAACAUGAACUUUGAUAGACUAAGGUUGGUGACUGAACUAGCAGAUGUUGGUAGACAACGUGAAGCUGUCCUUGCAACCAAUCUUCCAGAAGAAUCAGGGAGUUUCAAGAAAUUUGUUGAACUUAUGGGACCCAUGAACAUUACUGAAUUUAGAUACAGAUAUAAUUGUGAAAAAGGAAAAACUCUGGUUCUAUACAGUGUUGGUCUGCAUACAAAAAAGGAACUUGAGACAAUGCUGGAGAGGUUGACACUCUCUCAAUUUCACACCCUUGAUCUUACGGAUAAUGACCUUGUCAAAGAUCAUCUACGCCAUUUGAUUGGUGGUCGAUCAAGUGUACAAGAUGAACUUCUUUGCCGGUUUGUCUUCCCAGAAAGGCCUGGUGCUCUAAUGGAAUUCUUAAACGCUUUCAGCCCACGUUGGAAUAUAAGUUUGUUCCAUUACCGUUCACAGGGAGAAAGCGGUGCAAAUGUUUUAGUUGCCCUUCAAGUUGCGGACAAUGAGUUGGAAGAAUUUAAGCAUCGAGCAAGUACUUUGGGUUACAGGUAUGCUGUGGAAACACGAAACGAGGCUUUCCAACUCCUGAUGCACUGAUCUAGUCUAUCAAAGUCUUGGAGAUUUCCUGGAGAUUGAAAUAAUUUCCAGCAGUAAUGUUAUGGCUGUGUAAACCCAUUGUGCCUAUUUAAUAAAGCUUUUAAUUUUUAGUAAGUGUCCUUUAGCAUCAUCUUGUGAUGUUAAGAGGAUUGUAGUCCACAACUAUAAUUUAGUUCAUGUUUUGUUAAUAUCAUAUGAUCGUGGUUUUGCUCCA